UAGUCAUUUCUUUGUACAUGGCGACACGGUCAUAGCGCGGCGUCUCUCGUGGAAUAUACAAUGGCGUCCGUUUACUUCUACUGAAGCCCGUAGAUAGUCCGUCAUCCUUUUCUUUCAUAUUGACUACGCACUGAGACUCUGCUUUCAUAGCAUCUGAUCUUUUUACGAGCAGAGUAGACUGAUAAGAAAUAUUUCCCGUUACCUUCGCACUAUGUGUUUUGAAGUCUCUCUUUCGUGUAACCGCAUUUCGUACAAUUAGCCGCGCUUUUAAGUUGAACCUAGCGUAACCGUAUUUGUGGCUUAAUGUAUGUUAUUAUAUCUACAGUACGGGGAAUAAAAGGUAUGAGUGAUGAUUAGUAAUGUAAGUAAAUAGUUAGUACGGCGAAAUGUUCACGACGAAUGCCGUGCAAACCGGCUCCGUCCCGAUGCUGCAGUACCAAGACCAGAAGACGCAAGGCAAGAAUAUAGAGAUUACUCAGCAGAAGACCGCACAACAAACGCAACAGUCUCAGCAGCAGGAAUUUCCCACAUUCUGUUACACCACAUCAAACGUGAACAUGAUUGGUAAGAUUGGAUCGGGAGCAACCAGUGCUUCCGGUGGAGUCUCCGGAGCCGUGAACAUCGCCCAGCUCACCACCAGUGAUGACAAAACAUGCUACAUUGCACAACCUUUCUCAUACAACUAUGCUCUGGUCAACCAGAUGCAGAUUGCUCCAAAUGGAAUACAGAAUACCAUAUCUAAUAUAAGUUUCAAAUGUGAUGUGUGCGGGCUUAUGUUUGGCCACCUUACACUACUUAAUGCACACAAAAGGAUACAUGCCCAGGAUUCAGAAGGCAACAUCACAGUUGUAGCCACAGGUGUCGGUGGCGGCAAUGAGGUUGCUAUGCCCCCUCACAUACAAAUUCUAUCUUCUGACACAUCUGAUCAGCAACAGCACCAUGUUCAGUUGCAAGAUACCAAACCCAUACUGGUUGACAAGGUUCAAAAAUGCAUCACAUGUGGAGGGCCCAUCACCAGCAACCCUAAGAGGAAGGGACCCAAGCUCAUCCGUUGUGAAAACUGCAUUGCACAAGAUUCUGUUGAACAACAGAGAAACAAUCAAAUGAACGCCACGCAAAUAUUCGUGACGUCAGAAGACAACGUCAAGUUUGAAGUGGGCGGCGUGAGCGGGGUGCAGCCCACCUCCGACCCCCUCGCCACGGCGCAGCCGCAGCAGCAGUCCCAGCAGCAAAAGCCUUUGCCCGGCCAUCAUCCGGUGAAAAAGAGAAACCUUGCUUCCGUGACCAAGUGCCAGAACUGCAACGGCUCGGGCAUCAUAUUCGUAGGCGGCAACAAGAACAAGCUUAAUCAGGCCAACACCGACAAGCCCUUCCACUGCAAUAUCUGCGGUGGCUCCUUCUCUAGAUACUCCUCGCUGUGGUCUCACAAGAAGCUGCACUCUGGGGAGAAGAACUUUAAAUGUGGAAUAUGCGGCAUUGCUUUUGCGAAAGCCGUCUAUCUCAAGAACCACUCCCGAAUUCAUACGGGAGAAAAACCCUACAGGUGCAACACGUGUGGUAUGCAGUUCUCACAGUCGCCACAUCUGAAGAACCACGAGAGGACGCAUUCAGGAGAAAAACCGUAUGUUUGCGAGGUGUGUGACAAGGGCUUCGCGAGGCACGCUACGCUAUGGAACCAUCGGCGAAUCCACACCGGGGAGAAGCCGUACAAGUGCGAUACUUGCGGCUCCGCGUUCAGUCAAGCCGCUCACCUGAAGAAUCACGCUAAAGUACACUCGGGCGAGAAACCGUUUAAGUGCGACAUCUGCACCGCCGCGUUUGCCGACCGAUUCGCGUUGAAGAGACAUAGAGGAAUCCAUGAUAAGUAUGGUCAAACAACGCCGCUUCCAUCAAGAUUACAACAAAACCAGGCGGAGCUCGAGCAAGCGACGCAGCAAGCCGAUCAACAGAACUCACAGCCAGCCGUGGAAGUGGAGUUACACGGCGACCAAACGCUCUGAGUCUGAUAAUCUUUUUAAGUUUUCAUACCCCACCCUACAUAGUAUUUUUCGGAAAUAUAACAAGAACAUUGUAUUUCUCAAUUAUGAAUGGUACAAUGAUAGCGAGCACAAGGUUUGACGAAUCACAUGUUAUCCUAUACGAACAGUAAGUAUUCAUUACCUCUCGUUAGCAAUAAAGCAAGUGACUUGCACGCGCGGGUGGCAGGGGUGCGCUAAACACUGCCAGUUUAUGUUUCGUUCCUUGGUAGAUAUCUACCUUAAUAUAAAAUGUCUUGUUCUCGAACGCGCCUCUUAGCCCAACUUAACUAUUAUUCAGUACAAUAAGAUUAUUUUUUUAUUAACAAGUGGUUAAUGAUGAUAUAUAUUAGCAAUAAAAUAGAAAUGCCGUUUUGAAUAAUUUUAAUUAAAUUUUUUGAUGUGUUGAUUUGAGACAUUCGCUAGCCGUUUAAUGUACAUAUUACAGUUAAUUCUAUUUGUAGUUUUUAUUUUAUUAUAUUACACCUUGUAUGUAAAUAAAUGUAAUUGUAUAUAAAAAUGCGGCUCUAAUUUUAAAAUUUUAAUGAAGUGGUCAGAGCCAAAAUAAAUUGUAGAACAGUUUAUCUGGUAAAGUGUAAAGUUUAUUAUUAUUAUCGAGUGGCAAUUAGGAUAGGACGAAGGUCAAUCCUUACUCACUUUGUCGUAAGGAUAUAGUAAAUCUGUCAACUCCAGUCAUAUUCUAGUUGGGGCCUGAUUAUGCACUCAGCCAUUCUGUACAUUUGAACAACCUACCGAUACUCAUUUUAUGCUACAUUAGAUUUUUUCUAUCCUCAAAAGUAGUGGUAAUGAACUUUUUCUUCCGAAAUGCUAGGGUUCCUAUGAUUGUUUAUACAACAACGGUUUCACUCACUUGAAUUUUUAGUCGCUAUUGGCAACAUGUUUCGGACCCGUCGGGGGUCCUUCCUCAGGCUCGAGUGCUUUUAAAAUAUGUCUCACGAAAGUUUAAUAUCGAUAUCCUAUGAUAUCUAAUAUUGCGGUACAAUAAUAUGUAAACGACACACUAUAAUUCAGUGCAUAGUUACCCAGAUUAAAUUUGGAGGAAAAAAGGUACCACUGCUUUUGAGGUUAUCAAAUUCCUAAUUUGUAAAAAAAAAACGGGGCAUAGGUAGGUAACAACUUAACAAGUCAAUCUGGAUACUAGUCGUUCAGAAACACUGGUAUCAAAAUUGCCUUGUUUGGUGAGGAAAGCUGGGCACGGAAUGUCAAGAGCAAUAUUGUGUUUAUAUAGGACAUAAACACAGGCAUGAAGCUGCCUACCGGUACUGGACAUGUCUCCAAUAUGACGAGGAAUGUUAUCAAACCAAACGUGAAUUUUCAAUUAUUGAAUUCAUAUGACAUAGUAUUUUUAAUUAUUCUCUCGUAAUCACUGCACAUUUUCAUUUGACAAAAUGUAAUUGGCUGUGGAUUUAGCAAGAUAUUCUUGUGCCGUGGUUGCGUUUUCCAAAUCUGACUCGUGCACAAUUUUUAAGUGAUAGUGCUUGGGCAUUCCUUUCCUACUUAAACCAAAAUUAUGCAGAUUUGGUAAACGUAAUUACGUUUAAUUAAUUAAAAUGUCGAAAAUUGU